AUGUUUCAUGUAGACGUACGAUUAAAUAGCGCCGAGGAGAAUGAGAUACCUGAUGGAUCAUUGUCCCAAAGUUUGGCCCGGCUAUACCAAAAAGCGAUCAAAGCAGAAAAACACGUGACUUAUGCAUAUCAAGGGGAAAUUUGGUGUUGGUAUUACUAUGCAGAAGGGUUUGAAAAACGGGUUAAAGAAAUUAUGAAUGGUGACAAUAGAAUCGGUGAUGGACAGGCAAGGUCUCAGGUAUAUAGUGAGAUGACAGUCCAUCUUCCAAACAUAACUAAGGACAAUUUGCGAAAAAAGACCCAGAAGGCAAGAGCCAUCUAUACAUUGUUUAGUCAGAUUGGAGUGAAAAAAAUCAAACGAAUUCAGACAUAUAGUGCAAACACAAUUUCGAAUCUGACGGGCACACAAAUCCAAAGUAUUGUGGAUAACUUCUCAUAG